AAAGCUGAGAUCUGGGGAGCAGUUUAUGACGAGGAAGCAGACGUUAUACUGAGAAAUUGGAAGAGCGGGAUUGUCAGCUUCUUUUCUUGUCAGGGCUCCUGUGCAUUUACCAACUGUGUGAAAAUCAGAUAUUUCUCUCAUGACCGCAGCCGCAUGCUGGGAACGGAUUAAAACUUUCAUCUGUCAAGUAGCUGUUAAAAGGCAAAGGAGCUGCUUACCAUGGCAUUGACUAGUGAGGAGCUAGGGUUGCUGGUGAAUGGCAAAUGAGAAAGGAGAUUCUGAGAACUGGCACUUGUAACCAUGGAUGGAAGAAAAGAUUUGGCUAAACAGCUGGAGCCUCCUGCUACCUUCGGAGCUUCAAGACCCACUGGUCUCAAGGGACUGAUCCCACCAUCGCAUUUCCAGAGCAGGUCAGCACCUCCCCUAAUGGGGAGUGCUACUGCUUUACCUAAUUGGGAGGCAGUGGAACUCAGGCGAGAAAACCAGCGACUAAAGGAUGAACUUCAUAGAUGGGCUGCAACAGAAGAUGUGGCCAGCGGGGGCAGGGUGACAGACAAAACAGAAGAUGCAGGAACAAGAACCAGAUCCCUCGAUAGAGAAGCUGAUCCCUCAAGUAUGCGUCACACUCUGGCCAUGUCCCAACAGGCGGAGAUCAUUUCUCACCAACUUCACGAGAUCCAGAGGCUGGAGGCUGAACUUGCUGCCCUGCGAGUUGCAUCAGCCCGGCAGGAGGCAACAGCUGCCAGUCGGGAAAAUACUCUCGCUCACCUCCAGGGGGAGCUGGCAGAUCUCAGAAGCCAGAGCCAGGUGGAGUCAACUGCCUUGAAGGCAGAACUGGAGGAAAUCAAGGGGAGUAGGAAACGGGAGCUUGAGACUGUGAAGGAAGAACUAGAGCAACUGAGGAGCCAGGCUUGCCUGGAAGCAGAUUGCUUGAGAGAGGAACUCAAGUCAGCCAAGGAAAGACACAGCUGUGAAAUUGGAUUGGCACAGGAAGCGCUGCAGAGGGCGCUUGAAGAGGCAGAAGCUGAACGGAAAAGGCAGGAGGAGAGAGCACAAGAGCGCCUACAGGCUGCACUCAGGGAGCACCAGGCUGAGAUUUCUAGACUCUCUGAAGCCCACAGAGCUGAAGUUUCUUCCUUGAAGCAUCAAGCACAAGUCCUCCAAAAGGAUCUGGAAGCUCAGCAAAAGGAAGCUGCCCAACUGCAGGAAGAGAGGGAUGUUGUCCGGAAUCAGCUCCGAGCAGCUGAGGCAGAGCUGACUUCCCAGAAUGCUUUGCUGAUGCAGCUGAAGACAUACGUUGGAGAGCAGGAGUCAAGACAGCCCAGUUUGGAGCAAGAACAGCUGAUCAGUAGAGUGCAGCACCUGGAAGAGGAAAAGGAUGCCUUGAAGACAACAGUCGAGCUCCUGCAGGUUCGUUUGACUUCGCUCAGUGAUAUCCUGACCCUACAGGAGAUGGAGCUCGCCAGGAAGGUCCACCUCAAAGAUCCUCUCCAGUCGGAGUCAUCUCAGAAACUUCAAUGCCUGCUGAGCCGGUGGCGGGAGAAAGUCUUUUCUCUUUUGGUGCAGCUGAAAUCUCAGGAGCUUUGCCAUAUGGACACCACUAAACUGCUGCAGAGGAAGGUAAAAGAACUUGAAGAAGAAGUCGAGUCCAAAGACCAGAAGGUGACAGUGUUGCUUCACAGCCUUGAGGACAAGACGGCAGAAGCUGAUAUGGAAAGAGUGAGGAACAAGACUCUUAAGAUGGAAGUGUCACACUCUAAAGAAUUGGCACAGAAACUCCACCAGAGGGUAGAGGCUGGUGAAAAUGCCCUUCAGGGACUUGUGGAGUCAGUCAGCAGGCUACACCACCAACUGAUGGACCAGGAAGAGACGUGGAAAGCGGCGUUGUCACGCCUGUUGGGACUGGGAAACAGAAUUUCCUUUGCAACCAAGAGAGUUGACACCGUCCAAGGGCUGGUAUGCCAGAAAAUAGCACUAGCUAAGCUUCAGCGAGAGGAGAAACCUGGCUCUGCUCAAUCACACCAGGAGAGGAGACUUCAUCCACCUUAUGAAGAUCUGCAAGCUGAGUUACAGAUGCUGCAUGAAGAACGGGACCAACUCUCUGUGGAGCUUAAACGGGGGGCGCAACUAAUAGAGAAAAAAGUGGCUGAAGUGCGAGAAAAAGCAGAGACUGAUCUCAAGGAAAUGAGGGAGACAGCUCAGUGCCUGCAGGGCGCACUGGAGGCAAAGGUGGCGAUGGAGCAGGCCCUGAGGCAACAGCAGGAGGCCACGGAGAGGCAGCUGGAGGAAGCGCACACAAACCUCCGGGAGACUGAGGAAGCUGCAGAGAGCUUGAGGCAGGAGCUGGGGCAGUUACGAGAGGAAUACGAGAAAACCCUGCAGGAGAAGGUGACAGAAGUGGAAACGCAGCUGCACAAGGAUCUGUCAGAAAUGGGGAAAAGGCUCAAUGAGGCAAGGAGGGAGCAUACAAAGGCAGUGGUUGCCCUACACCAGGCUGAGCGGCAGGCAGCAAGGGACAAAGCUCACAGCGAAGAGCUGGCCAAGCUGCAAGAGACUGCCGCACAACAGGAAACAGGGCGCCUUGAAGCACGUCUGCAGGAGCUCGAGAGGGACAAGAACCUGCUGAUGGCCACCUUACGACAAGAAGGGAUGUUGGCCCAGUAUCGGCAGAAUCGACUGGCAGCAGUCCAAGCCCCAGUAGAAUUGAUCAAGAAGGGUGCAACUCAAACUCCAUCAAAAGAGUCCCUCUCUGCUGUGCUGAGUGAUCUACAGGUCCUAAGUGCUGCCAUCCUGCAUGAAGAGGAGGCAGAAGAAAAGCCUGAUGAAGACGGAGGCACCGAAUCAGACACCUAAGAGCAGCUCUCAAUGAAAGUGAAUUUUCUGGAGGAGGAGGGAAUGAGCAUUAUGGAUGUGGGUGUGAAUAGAAAAC